UUUCCUUGUGUCUCUUUUAUCCCCCCCCCCCUUUUUUUUUUUGUUUUUUUUUUUUUUAAUUUCCUCGUGAAACAAGUGUCUUUUCUUGUUCAGAACUCUUAACGAGGAAUCAAUCCAUAUAAACCAUUUCAAAGUACAAAAAAGAAAGGAGAGAGAGAGGGGAAGGUUUUCUUGCUUACAACUCCUGUUCAAUUAUUAUGACGGUGGUGCUUCUUUGAAGAUCACAUUCAUUUGUGAGUUCUUGCAAGGGCUCUGUUAGCUCUUGGCUUUUUUUGCUUAUUGUUUUUCAGCUAUGGCUGGUAGUAAUGAAGUCAACCUUCAUGAGUCUAAGAGGGUUGUUCCACUUAAUACAUGGGUUCUCAUUUCCAAUUUCAAACUAGCUUACAAUCUCCUUAGACGACCUGACGGAACCUUUAACCGGGAUCUGGCGGAGUUUCUUGACCGUAAAGUCGCAGCCAACAUCAUUCCUGUGGAUGGAGUUUACUCAUUUGAUCAUGUGGAUCGAACUACUGGUCUGCUUAAUAGAGUUUAUCAACCUGCCCCAAAGAAUGAAGCUCAGUGGGGCAUUGUGGAGCUAGAAAAGCCCUUGAGCACCACCGAGAUUGUGCCUGUUAUUGUCUUCUUCCAUGGUGGAAGUUUUACACAUUCUUCUGCCAAUAGUGCUAUUUAUGACACUUUCUGCCGUCGCCUUGUUAGCAUUUGCAAAGCUGUAGUGGUCUCUGUAAAUUAUCGUAGAUCACCAGAGUAUAGAUAUCCUUGUGCAUAUGAUGAUGGUUGGACUGCUCUUAAGUGGGUUACAUCAAGAAAUUGGCUUCGAAGUGGAAAAGAUUCGAAAGUUUAUGUUUAUUUGGCUGGAGAUAGUUCAGGCGGUAAUAUAGCUCACCAUGUUGCGGUUAGGGCAGCCGAAGCUGAAGCAGAAACUGAACCCAAGAUUGAAGUACUGGGGAAUAUUCUACUUCACCCAAUGUUUGGUGGAGAAAAGAGAACCGAAUCAGAGAACAGAUUGGAUGGCAAAUACUUUGUUACAAUACAAGACCGCAAUUGGUAUUGGAGGGCGUAUCUUCCUGAGGGAGAAGAUAGGGAUCAUCCGGCAUGUAACCCAUUUGGCCCUCGAGGUAAAAGCCUUGAAAGCAUUAAGUUUCCCAAAAGUCUCGUUGUUGUGGCUGGUUUGGAUCUUGUUCAAGACUGGCAAUUGGCUUAUGUUAAAGGGCUAAAGAAAGCUGGUCAUGAAGUGAAUCUCCUUUUUCUGAAAGAGGCCACUAUUGGGUUCUACUUCUUGCCGAAUAACGAUCACUUUUAUUGCCUCAUGGAGGAGAUAAAGAAGUUUGUGAAUCCUAACUGUUAAUACUCUUCUUAACCUUAACUACAGGCAACCUUACAUAACAGAAGUUUGACAUUUCACUCGGGUUUUUUUAUCCUUUUGCAGUGACGUUGUGUAGUUAUAAGAUUGUGUUGUAUUAUUACUUCUUACCGUGUUACCAUUUGUGGUGGAGGUAUAAGAGUUCUGCAUCUUAGGCGACUGGUUGUUCUUGUUGUGGAGAAGAGGGCUUAUGGUCUGUCAUUUAGGUGGGGAAAGGAAAUCUAUCCAGGAACUACCAGUUUCAGUGGAUCAGAAUUUGUUCAUUUGAUUUGGCUGAACCACCAGGAGAUACAGCUUACCCUUUUUAACUUCCGGCCACCAAUAACGGGGACAGAGAAAGUGUGGGGUACUAUUUGGUGGUUAAUCAAUUGGUUAUAGUAUUGUUGGUAAUUGUAAGCACUAAUUUCAAAACAUGAACUGGAAAAAUAUGUCCAUCUUGUUAUGGAUUUGUAUGUUAUACUUGUGUUAUGGAAUUAUAUAAAGAAAAUUGUUUGUAGUAUCAAUUGUUUAACUUUUCUAGCAGGGCCAUUGUUUUUCUGUUC